AUGUCUCGUUCGUUAAAAAAACCAUUAAAUGUUAAUGAAAAAUUGCUGAAAAAAGCAAAGACAGCCAACCAAGAAGGAAAAACUAAGGCCUUUAAAACAUGGGCUCGUGGUUCAGUAAUUAGUCCGGAAAUGAUUGGUCACACUUUGCUUAUUCAUAACGGGAAAAUAUUUUUUAAGCGACAGGUUACCCAGGAUAUGGUGGGUCAUAAAAUUGGGGAAUUUUCCCCCACUCGUCAGUCUGGACAGCACGCAAUUUCUAUUUCACCCCAAAAGUUAAAUCUGGUAGCAGAAAUAAUCCGAAAAAAAGAGUUGGAUUAUUCUUUAAAAAUUUUAGAAUUUUUACCAAAAAAAGGCGGACGAAUACUGCACAAACUAUUAGCCGGAGCCGCCAAGAAUUUAGAAAAAAGCCAAGAGGAGACCGCCAAUUUCUAUCUUAGCAAAAUCGAAGUAAACCGGGGGAGAAUACAAAAAAGAGUAAUAUACCGAGCUAAGGGUCGUACUAAUCGUAUUAGAAAAAGAUAUAGUUUGGUGAAUUUGCAUUUAAGAGAACUUAACCAAAUGGAAAAUUAUCAAGAGAAGGGAAUUUUUUGUGAUAAUUGCCUAAAUAAGACAGAAAAAAGGUGUCGGCGUUGUGAUAAAUUAUUUGUCAAUAGAGAACUAACUGCCAAAGAAUUCAAAGAGCAUGAAGAGUGGAAAAAAUUACUUAAAGAAGAGUAUGGAAAGGAGCCAGAAAACUUUAAUCUUUCCUUAGGUUUUUGCCAUGGCGGCGCUCCUUGUCAUAUAAAAGUUAAUAAAGGCUGCCACGGUCAUAGAAUUAAACAGAAUGGGGUUGGCGGAGGUGUCAGGAAAAGGACCACAUUCGAUGGUUCGGAAAAUAAUUUAAUGGUAAGUUCUAAUGACAAUGAUUUACAGGCUCAAGUCAAAAAUAAAGAGCGGCAAUUACAAAAAUUAAUCAAAGAAGAUAAGAAUUUAUCCGAAAUAGAAGGAUUAAAAAUAGAAAUUCAAAAUUUAAGAAGUCAACAAAAAAAUAGUUCUGCUACUGAAAAUUCAGUUGAGAGCAAAGUAGUUAAUUAUUCAAUUAUCGGAUUUUCACUGCUUAUUUUAAUCGGAUUUGCUAUUGUAGUACAAGAACAAAUUAGUUGGUUAAGGAAAGAUAAAUCAAUACGUGAUUAUCUUCAUUCGCUCUUUCCUGAUACUGAUCGGUUAAAAAUUGAAUAUACCAAGAACAAUAUUUUUAUUUAUCUUUAUAUACCAGAAAUCACAUUUGAAAGAGAAAAUAAAGGGAUUAAAAUUGAAAUUAGUGGUCGUUUAGAUGAAUCGGAUAUUGCUCAAACCAAAAAAUUCGUGGAGGGAAAAAUGAAACUCAGUUCCAUAGACAGCAACAUUAAAGAAGGAAGAAAAGAAGUGACUACCAGUUACGGACAUGUCAAAGGGAACGGCGAAAUUAACUACGGAGAUUACGGUUUGCAAGCCCAAGAGGGAGCCUACAUUAGCAAUCGAGUAAUUGAAGCCGGACGGAAAGUAAUUAAAGUAAGAAUGGGUUCGGGCAAAGGUUCCGUGGAAAGUUGA